GUAAAUUAUACGCGACUGUGUUGCUCUCUGCAGAACUUUGUUCGGUUAAAGUACAACUAGCAGUUCGCUAGUCUAGCUCUCUGGUAAAAAGCUUUUUAAGUAAAAGAUUGAAACAUUGUCGUGAGCCUCGGGAUAAAUUCAGAGGAGCUUUGUGCCGUGUGUUGUUGGCAUUUUAACCUGAGUGCCUUGACGUACUGUGCAAUAUAGCUAGCUUGCUUCCUUGCUUUGAAAUCAGUCACGUUAACGACUGGUGGUGAUACAUAAUGGUAUUUUAUUGCUGUGCGUAUAAUUGUAAAAAUAACACAAAGGACAAGAGCCUUGCAUUUCACAGCUUCCCAAGAAAAGAUACGGAGUUGCGUAAAAAAUGGCUGAAGAAUAUGAGAUGGAAAAACUGGACACCAGCGCCACAUAGCAGAAUCUGCUCUAGCCACUUUGAGAAAAAAUGUUACAGCCUUAUUGAUGGCCCAAGAAGGCGACUUCAUUCCUGGGCAGUCCCCACUAUUUUCUCUUUUCCUGCUCAUCUGCAGAACCGCAAGAGAAAUAUUGACCCCAGAAGUAGAAGGGCAUCGCACCCCAUAGAAGCGUCAAUCCAGUCUCUCCCGCCGAGAAGAUCACCACACUGCAUCCCUGCACCAGCCAGGCGUAGCACUGCACAGGGGUCAGAAGAGUCCAACCCUCACAGCAAUCCAGAGUUCAGUGUGGAAAAAGAAAUGGCACUGCCACAGCUUGCUGCCUGUCAGAGCCUGGUGAAACCUGACAAGAGGCCAUUUCCUUCAUGGAAAAUCUUAGAAGAUGAGUCGCUUGAAAGAAGCAUGACCAUACCAAGUUUCUUUCACAGUGCCUACUGUUUGCCCAGGAGCUUUCAUUGGGAUGGAGAUGCUGAAUUAAAUAUUAUGCCACGCACAGUUUAUGGAGUCUCAGGACAAACAAAGCCCAAUAUUAUUGAGGUUAAGGAGAGGUGGGAAUGGCUUGGGCUUGAUGUGAGGGGACCGUUUCCCAUGACAGCAGACGGGCAUAUACACAUCAUGACUCUCACCGAUUAUUACUCCAAAUGGGUUGAAGCGUUCCCUCUGACAAAUAGCAUGAUCCAAAAUGCUGCAACGUGUCUGGCAGAGGUCAUUCUUCAGUUGGGAUACCCUCUAGCAGUCCUCUCCAGACUUUCCAAACGACUCCUCCUAGAUAUUAAUCGAGAUCUGAAAAAACACCUAAACAUAAACACAAGCUCCCUGAUCAUACACCACCGUCAGACUGGAUACUUGGACUUGGUGACCGAGUCCCUCCUCAGUAAGAUGGCAUCUGAGCUGGUGACGGAGUAUCCAGACACCUGGCACAUCCACCUGCCCGCUGCUUCUCUGCGUCUGUGUUGCACGGAGCACCCCACCACCAGGAGGAGGCCCUUUGCUGUCAUGUUUUCCACCAGCCCUGCGGUCUUCUCCUCCCCCAGGGAAGUGCCAUACAUUGUCUCUGACAUCUGCCUGAGUUCCUUUGUGAUUGUAUCCAGUGAAGGCAGCAAAGGCAACAACACACAAACUAACCCCAGCCCUUACAGAAAGCAGAGGAGCUGCCAGGAAGGAGAUCUCCAAGUCGCAAACACGUGAAUGUCACAAAAAAAGUGAAAGCACCGACUCAGGUUUCGUUCUCUUAAAGUCUCACUGUACAGAACGUGUGAAGAUGUGAAUUUCUUCUAAAAUCCUUUUUAUUACUGUUUUUUUUUUUUGGCUUCGAUAUAACAAUUUAUAUGCGUUAAGAAAUCGAUUCAAAUGUUUCCCUUGUACUUGUUUGAAUUAAUGUUUUGUUAUUUAAAAAUGCUUUAUGUUCCAAUAAAUAACACUAUUCCAAGACAAAAGUAACUCAUUUAGUUGCAUGAACGAUGAUGAUGUCUUUUAGGUUACACAAAAAGCACUAGCGAUAUUU